GCCCUUGGCAGUUGCUGAAACACAAACUCCAGAAACCUACUGAUUAAUCUUCCUCUGAACACUCCACUCCUGACAACAUGUGCUACUACGGAGGAUAUUAUGGAGGCCUGGGCUAUGGUUAUGGAGUCCUAGGCUGUGGUUGUGGCUGUGGCUAUGGCUGUGGCUAUGGUGGCUAUGGAUAUGGCUACUGCCGUCCACUGUGUUGUAGAAGAUACUGGUCCUAUGGCAUCUACUGAGGACAUAUCAAGCCUUUCUAAGGAAAAGUGUUUUCACGCCAGAAACUCAAAAUAUAAAAAUGUAUAUCAAAUAAAUGAAUAAACUCUAUAAAAUAC